UGGUUCGUAUGUUUAAUUGCCUUGUAAUGUAAAUCUGUCUUGGAUCAAGGGAUAACGUGCUGCCGCCUCCAGACGUGGGUAAAUAACCUGAAGGGAUAAACACUCUCUUAGAGUUGCAAGAAUUUAUUGAUGCGCUUAAAUGUCUUGUAAGAUGUAGUCGUUUAUUAGGUCAAGAGAGAACCUGUCUUAGGGCUGCAAGAAUUUAUUGAUGUGCUUAAUUAACUGGUGAGAUGUAGCCGUCUUGGGGUCAGGAGAUAACCUGAAGGGAGUCUCCAGGCGUGGUCGGAUAAACCUUAAGAAAAUAAAUGUUGUUUGGGGACUUAAAUGGUUCUUUGUCUAAAGUGAGUGUAUAUACCCACUGCUUUUGUAAGGUGGGAUGUCUUUUUUACAGGGGCAUCCGAUUCAGCGCUGGAUUGUGAAAUAAAAUAUUAUUGCCUUUGCUUACCAGACUUUGCGCUUUUGAAUAUUUUAACAGUUUCUCACACAGGGACUGGACAGAUGGAUAUCAGGACACAGGGAUCUGGAGGUGGGACAUAGGGACACAGGACACCUUGCUGUCUAGGGCACAGAGCCCGGGCAGCUAAAUGCCUCCUGAUGUCUCCCCCUGUCACAGCCUCCCUGCGCAGUACAAGGUGUGUACAUUGGGAAGGAGAAAUUGGGUUCCCAAGCAAACACAACUGCUCUCAUGCUAACUUCAGUAGUGCAUCUGUAACAAAAAGAUGGAUCUGGGAUCACAAUCCAGUCUAAACAAACGCCAUCAGCAGAGGGGAAUGCCGUCUGGAUCACAAGAUAAAGUUUCAGUCCCUGAUUCUGGACCAGAAAUGUCUGAACCUCAGGUGUCUGUGGCUGCUGUGGUAACAUCAAAGUUGUCUGUGCAAGCAGCUGAGUUUUAUCCGUCAGGAUACAACCCAAACUUCAAUCAGAACUUCGCAGAUUGUUCCUUUGAAGAUGGCUAUCUGACCUUGGCAGAAUAUGUACAAGACUUCCUGAAUCACCUCACCGAGCAACCAGGUUGUUUUGAAACUGAAAUAGAGCAGUUUGCCGAAACGCUGAAUUGCUGGGUCACUGCAGAUGAAGCUUUGCGAGAACUGGUUGAACUCAUCUACCAGCAGGCCACAUCUGUCCCAAAUUUUUCCUACAUGGGAGCACGGUUGUGUAACUAUCUAUCCCACCAUUUAACCAUUAGUCCACAAAGUGGGAACUUCCGACAGUUGUUACUUCAAAGGUGUCGAACAGAGUAUGAAAACAGGAAUCAAGCUACCAAAGGAGAUGAGAUUACUCGAAAACAAUUUCAUGCCUUUGUGCUGUUCUUAGCUGAACUUUACCUUAACUUAGAGAUUAAAGGAACAAAGGGACAAGUAACACGAGCAGAAAUUCUUCAAGAAGGCCUUCGGGAACUACUGAAUGCUCUGUUCUCUAAUCCUGUGGACAGUAAUUUGAUAUGUGCAGUGAAACUGCUGAAGUUGACAGGCUCAGUUUUAGAAGAUGCAUGGAAGGAAAAAGGAAAGAAUGAUAUGGAGGAAAUGAUUCAGAGAAUUGAAAAUGUUGUGUUGGAUGCAAACUGUAGCAGAGAUGUGAAACACAUGCUUCUGAAACUAGUAGAAUUGCGAUCAAGUAACUGGGGUAGAGUUUAUGGAACUUCUUCACAUACAGAAGCUACCCCUGAAAAUGACCCAAAUUAUUUUAUGAAUGAGCCAACGUUUUACACUCCUGAUGGUGUUCCUUUCACUGCAGCAGAUCCAGAUUACCAAGAAAAAUACCAAGAGCUGCUUGAAAGGGAGGAUUUGUUUCCAGAUUAUGAAGAAAAUGGAACAGAUUUAUCAGGACCUGGAGAUCCGUAUUUUGAUGACAUUGAUGAUGAGAUGGAUCCAGAAAUUGAGGAAGCGUAUGAAAAAUUCUGUCUAGAAUCCGAACAUACGAGAAAACAGUGAGAUGUUACACAUUAAUGUUAGUUUAUUAAGCCAGUUUAGGUACGGUUAGAAUACAGGGGGACACAAAACAUUUGUACCAAAAUAAGGAACUUGAGUUUCUCCAAGUACUAAAGUUAUACAAUUUCCAUUUUGUUUAACAGAAUCUGCCAAAAAUUGUAAACUUAUGCCCUGUAACUUAAAAUGUUGUGUAUAUAUCAUAGUUUAUUUUAUGUACAGGUAUAUGAACAAUGUUUUGGCUGCAAUAAAAAUGUUCUAAAACUUAUCAUAAUUGAAAUUAAAAUUUAAUGUGUAACUGUCUAUGAAAUUUCCCUUGAAGGGAGAAAGGGGAUUAAUAACUCUGAUCUAAAUUUUAAUUGCUUGCUUGCUUGUUUUGGUGUAUAUUGGAUUUACUCGUCCUUUUAACCAUAUAUAAGGUAUUUGGGGAUAUUGGGGAAAAGGGCGUUCCUAAGGAGAGUAUGAUCCAAAUAUGAUUUUUUUUUUUUUGUAGAUCACAAGCAUAAAGUGGUUUGUGAAAGUUUCGUUUUGUGUGAGGGUUUUUUUGUUUCACUUUAUUUUUCUUCUUCCAAAAUCCUUACUAGUGAGGUCUCGCCUUUUUUUCCUCAACUAUACAUUUUAUAUGUUCUGUGAAAAAGCAAGCAGUAUUUUUGAAGUCAGGUGCUUUUGAGAUCUUUGGUUCAGAUAAGCUUCUAUUUAACUUUUACAAACAAAAACUAUCCUUUAAUUUGUUGUGUUCUUCAAGUCUAUAUAAUUGUUUUAACCCAUGCUUCUCAAGAGCAUGUGCAGUGCUUGGUAUUUUUUUCUUUUUAAUGUAUCUAACAUGUCUAACCUUCCAGCAACCCUUGUAUCUUUCUCCAUCCUUCUAAUUUUAUGUAGUUUGAUUUUAUUUUUUUAGUUUAAAUAAAGUCAUAUAUUUCAUAAAUGGUAACAUCCUGAAGCAAACUGUUCUUUUUUGGCCCCAUAUAAUCAUGUUUGUUUUCGUAGGAUACUCCGUUGUUGCCAAACUGAGUUAUACUGCUCUCUGUUAUGUUACUGGUUAGACUGAAUAGAACCCUUUACCAAAAACAAACUUUAAUUAAUUUCCCAAAAGUUACCUACUGUAAAGAACACAUGUUGUAAAUAUGCAUGUAAAUAAUUCUGUUAAUAUUUCACUGUUAUUAGUUUGGUUAAAUAACUUGUGCAUCUGCUAACAAAGUGAUCAUUGACUGUUUUUCUGAAUGUUUAUUUAACAUGCUUAUUAGGUUGGAGUUUUGGAAAAAUAAAAUUUCACUAGCUUUGUUUCCUUUGGUGUAAUUUCCCUACUUUGUCUUUUUGCUUUAAAAAAAAAGUACUUUGGGAGGGCUGCUUCUGUCUCCCUGUCAACUAACACUCCUUGUUUUCUUUGAACUACACAGUCACAGAGAGUGUUGUCUUUUAAAAUUCACUGGAAAACAAAACAUAUCAAAGGGGAGUAUGGUCAUAAGAACUACAUUGGCAUUUCAAAGUUUCCAGGCUAAAAUCCAGAAAGUAGAAAAUUGAAAAUUGGAUCAGAUUAUUUUCACAGACACAUUCUUCAAUGUUGAGCGUUUUUUUUUUUUUCAUACGGAGCUUUUAAUUCAAAUACAGGAUUCCUGCUGACUUUGUAUGUAUCUUGUGGAAAACCUAUUUACUGAAAAUUUAAAGUCUGAAGGAACAAGUAUCUAUAUGCAUUAUAGUAAACUAAUAGUGCCUGCACAGCAAUCCCCUUUACAUGUUUUAGUUUUGCAUCUUGUAGUGUGUCUUUUCUUCUGUGAAGUCACUGUUGGACUCCAGAUAUGUACUGUGUCAGCUUGUGGAGAAUUGUCUGUCUUAGGUGUAGGUAAGAAAUAUGCAAGUUAUCCUGUACAAAAAUAUCGGGAACAAGGGAUUGUAUACAUGAAGCUCAAGGUUUGCCAAAUAACUUUUGUGUUCCACCAGAAACACUGAGAAGUGAGAUUUUUUUUUUUGAAGUAGUGAAGAAGUUCGUGGUCUCGGUACAUAGAAAAAUUUGUUAGAGCUUUAAUGCAGUAAAGGAGAGAUUUCUAACUGUCUACUGCAUUAAGAAGACAGAAUAAACUUUGCCAUCAACACUUCAA